GCCCCUAAUCCCCAGCAGGGUCGCGGGAUACUCCGGCAACAGUGAACUCAAUAAGUCACUCCACGAUUGCAACAUUUCCUGGAGACAGUGAAGGCAACGUCGGGACCAUUCAGGAGGGCAACCGCUCAGUUUUCCAGUUCGCCGCCGAAGAGGGCCGACUGGACCGCGACGACACGCCGGCGCCUUUGUCGGUGUUAUAAGUUGAAUACCGGAUCCCGUUUUCUCCGCUUUUCACUCCGCAAAGGCCAACAGCGCGCAGUCGUCAUGGCAGAGGCCCACCAGGCAGUGGCCUUCCAGUUCACCGUCACCCCGGAGGGCAUCGACCUGCAGCUGUCUCACCAGGCCCUCACCGAGAUCUACCGCUCGGGCCUCCGUUCCUGGAAGAAGCGCAUCAUUAGACUCAAGAACAGCGUGAUCACGGGUGUGUAUCCCGCCAGCCCUUCUUCGUGGCUCUUUGUGGUCAUAGCCAUCCUGGCCACCAUGUACACGCGCUCCGACCCCUCCAUGGGGCUCAUCGCCAAGAUACAAGAGCAUCUGCCUGUCAGCCAGUCCAUGAGCACCCAAUGCCAGACGGUGGUGUCGGCGGUGCUCUUCAGCACUUUACUGUGGCUCCUGCUCAUCUUCACCAUGCGACUGUGCCUCAAGCAGCUCCUCUCCUACCACCGCUGGAUCUUCGAGCAGCACGGCAAGAUGUCCACCACCACCAAAAUCUGGGUGGCGCUGGUGCGCAUCUUCUCUGGCAGAAAGCCUCUCCUCUACAGUUACCAGGGCUCCUUGCCAAACCUGCCCGUGCCGCCCAUCAAGGACACACUCAAGAGGUAUUUGGAGUCAGUGCGUCCGCUGAUGGACGACACCAAGUAUGAACGAAUGGCCAAGCUGGCGGGCGAGUUCGAGAGCCGCCUCGGAAAUCGCCUGCAGUGGUACCUCAAACUCAAAUCUCUCUGGGCCGCCAACUACGUCAGCGACUGGUGGGAGGAAUACGUCUACUUGCGAGGAAGAAGCCCCAUUAUGGUCAACAGUAACUAUUACGGCAUGGACUUCCUGUAUGUAACCCCCACUCCUAUCCAGGCAGCCAGAGCCGGCAACACCAUCCACGCAAUGUUCCUGUACCGCCGCAAACUCAACAGAGAGGAGCUGAAACCUAGUCGCAUACCCGGUACUGUCAUUCCUCUGUGUGCGGCUCAAUGUGAGAGGAUGUUCAACACCACACGCACUCCCGGAGAGGAGACGGACACGGUGCAGCACUGGCAGGACAGCGACUAUGUCGCCGUGUACCACAGAGGACGCUACUUUCGUCUCAGAGUGUACCAGGCGGGGAGACUCCUGUCCCCGAGGGAGAUCGAAUUCCAGAUUCAGCGGAUCCUUGAUGACCCUUCCGCACCCUGCGCGGGAGAAGCGAAACUUGGUGCUCUGACAGCCGGUGACAGAAUUCCUUGGGCCCAAGCCCGGAGCAAGUACUUCAGCAGCGGUAUCAACAAGCGCUCACUGGAUUGCAUCGAGAAAGCCGCAUUCUUCGUGACCCUUGACGAUGACGAGCAGGGCAUGAUGGGGGAUGACCCAUCGGGGAGUCUGGACCGCUACGCUAAGUGCUUGCUGCACGGGAAAUGUUACGACAGAUGGUUCGAUAAGUCUUUCUCGGUGGUCUUCUUCAAGAAUGGUAAGAACGGUAUCAACGCGGAGCACUCUUGGGCUGACGCGCCGGUGGUCGCGCACCUCUGGGAGUACGUCGUGGCCACGGACUCUUUCCAGCUGGGAUACAAUGGCGAGGGUCACUGCAAAGGUGAUGUGGAUCCUUCGCUACCACAGCCUCUGAAGCUCACUUGGGAAAUACCUCCAGAGUGCGAGAAGCAGAUCUGUCAGUCCCUGGCAGUGGCCCAAGCCCUGGCUGACGACAUCGACUUUCACGUUAUAUCCUUCCGAGACUUUGGCAAGGGAAAGAUCAAGAAGUGUCGAGUCAGUCCGGACGCCUUCAUCCAGGUGGCGCUUCAGGUGGCCUACUUCAGGAAUCGGAAAACGUUUUGCCUGACCUAUGAGGCCUCCAUGACCCGCCUGUUCAGGGAAGGCAGAACUGAGACCGUUCGCUCCUGCACCAACGAGAGCAGUGCCUUUGUCAAAGCGUUCGUGGGGGGAGAGUCAGCUGACGUAUGCAGGCGUCUGUUCCGCACGGCAUUCGAAAAGCACCAGAACCUUUACCGCAUGGCAAUGACCGGCGCCGGCAUCGACAGGCACCUCUUUUGCCUCUACGUUGUGUCCCAGUACCUUGGAGUGGAGUCGCCUUUCUUGAAAGAGGUGCUGUCAGAACCCUGGAGGCUGUCCACCAGUCAGACAUCUGUCCAGCAGGUGGAGCUGUUUGACCUCGUGAACCACCCUGAGUAUAUUUCCUGCGGGGGAGGCUUUGGUCCGGUGGCUGACGACGGUUACGGAGUGUCUUACUACAUUUUGGGAGAAGGCCUGAUCAACUUCCACAUCUCUUGCAAGCACUCUUGUCCCGACACUGACGCCCAUAAGUUCGGUGCUCAGAUCACAAAAGCCUUGCACGACCUGCUGGAGCUGAUGAGCCCCGGCCAGAGGGAGCCCGGCAAAACCGAAGACAGCCGGCCCGAGGUCAAGAAGAACCUGUAGACGCUUCCUCGGGAUAGAGACGGCGGAUGCUUGAAAGGGAAGAUGUUUUACUGUACGGACGGGGGAAGCAUGGACAUGUUCUCAUGUUGAGGAGACAAAAAAACAAAAACAAGUCAGUAAUCACAGCAGCUUGAUCAAAAGGCAGCUCAGUUGAAGGAAACAAGUACAAGUGAGCUGAUGUUUUUACUACAUCCAUUUACAUUUUGCUGGGGACGGCCACAGGUUAUUCAUUUUCAAUAAUAAUUAAUAUUCCGUUUUUUCGCCUGUUUUUUAAGUGAGCAUUUACUUCAGAAGUUGCUUUUUUUUUUUGUAAAGGGGCAAGUUUAUGUAAGGAUACCAUUGAAUGCGCCGAGUAAUUCCGUGUAUGUUUGCCUGAGUAUUGCGCGGCGACACGUGUGCGCACACACAAACGGGAACGUAAAACAUUCCUUCGCUUGGAACAUUUUUGCCUUGCACUGCAGUAAAAUGUCGUGGUGGUUCUUUUUUUUUUUCGUUUUUGCCAAAGCUUUUUGUUUUUCAAAUGCGUGCAGGUUAUCCAGCAGGCGUUUUUAAGCACAUUCACUCCUUUUUAUGUAUAAAUGUGUCUGUAUACAUUUCUGCAUUUCUAUAAAAGCACCAUAACAAUGCAAUGUAACGUGUGGGUUAAAUGUGGAUUUAGUACUGAAGUUGUGGACUAGACUAACAAGAAGGUUUCCAGGGAAAUGUGGAAGGGAUGCUCCUUGGUUCUGUGUUGAUUUUGUGUUCGGUUUUCACCACAUAUUGUUUUUUGUCUGAAUUUUUUUUUUUUGAAUAUUAAAAGUUAACAUGAAGACAUUAUAUAGGAAAAGUGCUCGUG